AUGUCUCAGCGCGAGACCAUGGCGUCCCCGACGCGAGACGCUGACAUCAACGUCGUUUCGAGCCCGGAGUCCACCAGCAGGAACUGUUCCCCGGAGCCGGACUUCCGGUCCAAGAUUACCUGUUUUCCUGUGUUGAAAGCUAGUGAUGAGGAUGAUGUUAGGACUGAUAGGGACAGUAAAGCGAGUGGGCAGAAAAGUUCGGGCGGGUCUACAAAUUUUUCGAUUUCGAGUAUUCUGUCUAGAAGUGAUCCGGCGGCUAAGAAGAAUGGUUUUUUGACCGGUGGUGGUUUGGAGAAUGCAGGGUUGUCUGCUGGGGCUGAUAGUGCUGUUUUGUCGAGAUUAGGAAUAAUGUCACAUUUUGGUGCAUUAGCAGCGGCGAGCAGUAGAUACGCAGCACUAUGCGGUACACCAACGGAUCCGAGAACGCUUCCAUGGUACUGGGGUCGGAUACCAUCACAAAUUCCGAAGGACCGACACAGUCCUAACGGUGGCUCGACGACCGACGACCCGAGCCCCCCGGCGUCCCCCCGUGACCCCCCGCCGCCCCACACCUCUGGUUCGCGGCCCUCCACCCCCCCGCCGGCUGCCUCCCCGCACCCCGCCUACCUGGACCGGGGGUACGCGACGGCGGGCCGGCCGAAGAGCCCGUACCGGGACGCCGAGCACAUGGUCAUCGACGAAGAGGUGGAUGACGAAGAGAGCGACUACGACACCGACAAAGACAAGAAGAUGCAGAACGCCAGCCUCAGCCCGGGCAGUAACUCGCUGUCCAACAAAAGGAAGAAGAAGACGCGGACGGUGUUCUCGCGCUCGCAGGUGUUCCAGCUCGAAUCGACCUUCGACAUGAAGAGGUAUCUGUCUUCCUCGGAGAGGGCGGGGCUAGCCGCCAGCCUGCAUCUGACUGAAACACAGGUGAAGAUCUGGUUCCAAAACCGAAGAAACAAAUGGAAGCGUCAACUAGCCGCCGAACUCGAAGCCGCCAACAUGGCGCACGCUGCCCAACGCCUAGUGCGCGUGCCCAUUCUCUACCACGAGUCUGCCUCCGCUCCCCUGCGCCACCCCUUCGACCAGAGCCACCCCCUCGGGGGGCUGCCCCACCCGCUGGACUCGAGAGAGGGCGGCAGCGGCGGCAACGGAUCCGGCGGGUAUCCCAGUAGUUUGUACUACCACCACCAGGCGGCGGUAGCGGCGGCAGUACACAGUUUGCCUUCCAGUCCGGUCAGCAGGCCGCCCAUGUCGGGUCUAGUGUGA